UAUUAUGAGUCACAGUCUGCAGCCGCCCUACCUCUAAAGUAUUGAUGCAGCUAGCACGGUCGCAUUAUGCUUGGGCUGUGUGUGCCCCCUAUCAAGGCUGCGGAUGUUCUGCAAGAAUUUAGGCACCGAGGCAAUCCUACACCAACUGCCUGAAAAGCCUCAUUCUUGAUGCGACGAAGAGCGAGGUUUACACCCGACUAUAUGUCUAGCCUGUUCUCUUGUUACUUCAUCAUACCUUUCAAUUGCAAGCUACGAUGGAACUAUGGUCCGCAAUACACCAAUGGAAGCUGUCAUUAGUGUUGGAGUCGGUUGUCUCCGUCAUCCGAGACUGGAAAAAUGAUACCCUGUUGCGUAUGGCCCAAUGGAAUCGGUCGAAGGCAUCAACACAGAGCGCCGGCGUACAUACCAGGGUCGUCGAGGACUACAGAGCUGGGUAUCCUCGGCUUUGUGCUCUUAUGGAAGCUCAUAACGGUUUCUUCAUAUGCCGACGAUUUAUACGGCUCCGAGCAAGGCUGUUGUUGCUGAAGCAGGAUCGUAUUAGCUGCCUUGAAGAGCAGCUCGACAAAGCUGACGAAGAUGAUACAUUACCCUUCUUCUUGGGUAAGAGCCGAGGCGAUCCGAAUGCUGAGCGUUUAUCUAUCCUCUCUCAAUUAGAUGAUUCACUCGCUGAUUACGACUCUUUUCUCGAAAGAGCCAGGAGAAUUCUUGACUCCAAUCCGGUAGCUUCCAGAGAUCGUGUGAGCUUAACAAAUUGGUUGCUUGGGAACGGCUGUAUCAGCAGAUUGGAAACGGCGUACUUGGAUCAAGAAAAAGAUCUCCUCAAUUUGGCUGGGCCCGGGGACAGAGCGACUUCACAGGUUGAGAACUGGGUAGAAGAUAUGCUCAUUGAGUUUUGUCCUGGAUUUCGCUUAAUGUCGUCUCACGUUAUUUCAACCAAUUCCAAUGUAUACAUUUACUCUGGGAAUCUGAUUAAGCGUACAGCGGGAGUUCUACUGUUGUUGCUGAUAAGCACACUUCUAUUAUUGCCUGUCAUCAUCUGCACAACAACUACUAGCAUGAUAGCUCGAAUGUUCAUCAUCAUCUUCUCAACGGCGGUUUAUUUAGCCCUUCUGUCAGCCUUGACAAGGGCCCGAACGUUCGAGUUGAUAUUGGCUGGAGCAACAUUCACUACGAUUCUGGUUGUUUUUGUUUCAAGCACGGGAGACUCUUCAAAUUCAAGUUUGGCAAAUCUAUCCGUGCUGCCGCUAGGGACCACAACGUUGAGCGGACCAACCUUACCCGCCGGAUCAAGGGUGUCCCGACCCGAAAAGAAGAAGGAAAGGCACACUUGAAGGGCAGUUGGGAUACGCACCACCACAUGGCCGGUUUCACCGCUUUGCGCAGAAGCUUCUGAUCAACUCCGGAAGUAGCCAAGUUCUCGGAACAAAAUGGGUGAUCAGGUUCCGAGGCCGCAAUCCGGAAAUUGCUACUAUCAUGGGCGUCGCGAUGGAUUAUAAGCGGCUAAAUGGUGCUA